CCGGAGACUCGACGGAGCCUCCUGGGUGGUGCUCGAGCGCUUCCUGGCACUGACAGCCGGGCAGGAGGGGCGGGGAGCCAGCCCUACCCUGCUAUUUGUACUGGGGCUUGCGGGCUCAGUGCAGAGCCGCCUCUGGACGCGCAGCACCUCGAGCACCCGGCAUCACUGAACAUGCAGAGGCGAAGCGCAGCCCGGCUCGGCCCGCUUCUGCUCCUGCUCCUGCUGCCUCUGGCGUGGGGUGCGGGCCCCUCGCCGCCCCGAGCCGACCGAGAGCUGCAAGUCUCCAGCCGCCUGGCCGGGCAGGCGGCCCGCGUGGCGCUGCACUAUCUCAACUACCGCCUGGGGUCGCCUAGCGCGCUGCGGGCGCUGGGGCAGGUCCGGAAAGCCACGGUCAAGACUAUCCCAGGAAUUGGACAUAAGUACUACCUGCAGUUCACUACAGAAGACUACAAAAGCAGCCAAAACGUUGGGACCUGCCUUGCUACAGUGCUCUACCUGAAGAGGAAACCUCGACCUGCUGUUAACAUAAACUGCACAUAUACCAAAGAUCAGAAGCAAACCCGAGAAGAUGACUACAGCUUUUACAAAAAAUUGAGGCAACAAACCAAACCAAUCACUGGAAAUGAUAUUCCUGACAGCUAUGGACAUAUUGAACCAGCCUUGGAGCCCGCCUGGGCUUUGGCAGUUGCUGGCAGCAGUUACCUAAUGUGGGAAAAGUCAACAGAGAACUUAGGCUAUUUCAUGGCACAAGUCAAGAAUGUGAAGCAGUGGAUAACUAAAGAUGAUUCGAUUGACUUUGACUACUUGGUUAUACUACAUGAAAUUCCAACUCAGGAAAUGAUUUCAUGCCACCUCCGUGUCAUUUGGACUCCUGGACAUCCCCUCAAAGUGAAGUACUUCUGCUUGUCAGAGAAUCAGCGGUCAGAAUCUGGAGAAGGGUCUGGAACAGAAUCUGGGUCUACCAAUGGAAUUUUCAAUGAGGAAGAAGCAAAUUUUUAAAAAGAUUAAUGAUGGCUUUUAUAUAAAGAUUUGAAAUGGAAAAAAAUCUUGCAUUAAUAGUUCCAAUCGGUAUUGUGAUAACUCUUCUACACAAAUUGUAUUGCAAUGAAUUUGAAGCCUUUUAACUAGUCAUCUUUCACCAAAAAUAAAUCUCUGUAGAAUUUCUUAUAUGAAAGAAAUCACACAUUCUAUAUAUCUACCUAAAAAUGUUCCUAUAAAAUAUAUACACACACCCUUGAUUUUAUGUCACUAAGUUACUUAGCUGUAACUCAGAAUGUGAACAAAGUUAAUAUAUAGGAUAAAAGUCUUGAGAAAAGUAUUAAUUUUCCAUCUCCAUAAGAAAAAUAUUUGUCUACUAAUUUUUUUAAAUUUUUGAACAGAAAUAUUAUGUUAGCUUUUAACUUAUAUCAACAGUAAAAUAAAUACCAUUACAUUUGGAGGAAAUUGUGUUUUAUUUUUGCAUGGCACUGCUGAUUCAUUCCUUAUCCUCAGCAACUCCAAGCAAUCUCCAUUGUGGGCAUUGGUUCCAAAGCCAUGGCCAUUACAGGCUGCAGACCAGCCUAGGCAGCACUUCUGGAAAGAGCAACAGGCAAGGCAGAGAAAACAUUCUCUAUCACAAACUAAAAUAAACAUAAACUAAGAAGAAAAACCUGAUGUACUUUAUUGUUCUGUGACCACAACAUUUUUAGUGCGUAAGCUACUUGACCCAACAUUGUGCUCCAUU